CUUCGUCGUCUAUGAUGCUCUUUCGUUGCCGAUGUCGUGUUAUGCCUUUCUGUUGUUUCUGUGUGUUUUAUAGCCCUUCUUGUCAAGGCUAUAAAAAUACUCUGCACUGCGUUAUGAAUUCAGUGCGUCGUCGAUCUGGGGCAGAGGAUAAACAUCUUUGCGUGUUAUUUUGUUUAGCGCACAGUAAUCGACACACGAACGAACUGUUUCAUCUUUUUUUGUGGACAAGAACAACUAGGGAUGACCAGGGACUCGAGAAAGGACGUGUGAUGUUCUGUCAUAGCUUGUCCGAGAUGCUUUCCUCUAUAUCUUGCAUUCUGCCUAAGACACGAUGUGCGACGCUGAUGUUCAACACGAAAACCGUCAGUCUGGAUGAUGUGAGUAGCAGUGGUGGUCAUGCAGAGGACGGGCGAGUUCUUGUCCAAUAGAGAACGUUGUCAAUUCAACAGGGCGAGCAAAUCUUCAGUUUGGCCAGGUGUUAGGUCAAUGCUUAUGAUUGCCGACAGAGGUGUAGAAGGGGCAUUGAGUGGCAGUGAUAUUGACUUUGAUACAUCGCUCCAGUUGUCGCUUAGAAGAGCAACAAUCAUAACAGCUGUUUUUCUGCAUGACCACAUGGGCGAGCAGCCCUUUAAAUGUCGCCUGUGCCCCCAAAGCUUCUCAGAUAAGAACACAUUUAAUGUUUACAUGUGUAUCCACACUGGCGAGUGGCCCUGUAAAUGUCACUUGUGCCCUGAAAGCAUCUUAGUAAAUAGUAAAAGGCAAAUUGAAUGUUCACCUGCUGGUCCACACGGCUGAGUGGCUGUAUAAAUGCCACUUGUGCCCACAAAGCUUUUCAGUAAAGAGCACAUUGAAUGUUCAUAUGCCUAUUCACCCAGGACAGCGGUUGUACAAAAUGCUACCUCUGAACUCAAAGCUCCUUCAUAAAUCUGAAUUGAUUGUUCACCUGCUUGUCCACAUGGUCGAGCGGCAAUACAAAUGUAGCUUGUGCCCUCAAAGGUUUUGUAGCUUUGCAUUUCAUUGGACACUCUGCGUUUCUUAGGUCUCCUUUUCUUUUCUGUUACUUGUGCAGUCUCCAUUGUUGCUUUGUUUGUUAUGUUAUGG